AUGAACUACAUUGGUGCUUAUUGCGCUCGCUGUAACCUCCAGAUGAAAAAUCAUCGCACAGCUAUCCCCUGUCUGGCUCAUAAUCACUCUUACGACCUCGGGCUCAUUCUGAAAGAAAUGCAAGUUAACACAAAAAUCAAAAUUCUUACGAAGCAAGGGCUUCGAUAUCACUCUGUGGAACUAAACAACCUGAAAUUCCUCGAUAGCUUAGCUUUUAUGAACGCAAGCCUAAGCUCUCUCGCCAAAACUCAUAUUGAAAGCAGCCGCUCACUCAGGUAUUCCAAGCAUAUCUUACGUCAUUUGCCAGACGAAGCUCAGUCGCUGCUUCUAACGGGAAAGGGUAUUUUUCCGUAUGAGUACUUGGAUGACCUGAAAAAGCUCGAAGAGACCAGCCUCCCCCCUAUUGAAAAGUUUUAUAGCUCCCUCACAGGUGAGACGGUUACGGAGGAGGAGUAUGCUCAUGCACUAAAAGUCUGGAAUGCAGCCGGGUGUCGUACUUUAGGUGAUUAUUUAGAGUGCUACCUGAGGACUGAUGUGGGUUUGCUAGCCGAUGUGAUUACAGAGUGGAGGUCUAUGCUUGCUGAAAAGUACGAUCUGGAUAUAGUUAACUAUGUCAGUCUUCCCGGAUAUGCAUACGAUGCAUUCCUAAAAAUGACAAAAACAAACCUUGAGCUUAUAUCCGAUCCAGAAUUAGCCCGCAAAAUUGAGCAAUCUGUGAGAGGGGGACUGACAACAUGUGUUCGCCCUCUCACGGUAGCAAAGAACUCCCUUGUUAAUCCGCACCAUGACCCACAAAAGGAAAGUAGCACCUACAUACUCUACCUUGAUUUCAACAGCUUGUAUGCCACGGUAAUGUCUGAGAAAUUACCAUACGGCAAUAUCCGGAAAUUACCGCCCUGUGAAAAGUCCGAGUUCAUUGCAUCGGGGUUAACCAACCACGACGAAAGCGGUGAUAUUGGGCACUGGGUAGUGGCUGAUCUCAGAGUUCCACCCGAAGUUGCGAGGAAGACAGACGACUUGCCCCUCCUCAUUCAUCACAUGAACAUAAGAAAUCAGGACAUAUCCCCUUAUAACAAACAACUUCUAGCAUCGCAGAACAGGCGUUUACCACGCAAAAACCAAAAGCUUGUGGCUUCACAUCUUCCGCAGAAGGACCACCUCAUUUUACUGAAACAUUUGCAGCUUUUAAUUGACUUGGGGGUGGAGGUGGAGCGAGUAAGCGAUGUGUACGAAUUCUCCCAACAUUCGAAGCCCAUUCUUCAAAAGAUUCAUCCCCUUAGCUCCAACAGAGUGAUAACCAUUUCAAGGGCAAAAACUGUUAGUAUGGCUUAUCCGCAGUAUGUUGGAUUUACCAUCUUGGAGCUGGCUAAAUUGAAAUUGUAUAACUUUUAUUAUAAAGUUUUAAAGACUCAUUACGGAGAUCGUGUGCAGCUCUGUUACUCCGACACCGACAGCUAUAUCCUCUCUGUGGAGACAGAUGACAUUUAUAAAGAAUUGUCCUUAUCUCCUUUGAAAGAGUGGAUAGACACUUCUAAUUUUAGCCAUGACCAUCCAUUAUACAACCAGUCUGUCAAGGGCAAACUUGGAUUAUUAAAAUCUGAAACAGGGGAGAUUCCGAUAAAAGAGGCAAUUUGCCUAAAGCCCAAGACUUAUUCCUUGCUCCUAAAUAGCGAUCAAACAUCCGCGGGUGCAAAGGGAAUUUGUCGGGCUGAGAAGAGGAGGCUAAAACACGACAAUUUCCGUCGCAUUCUUCAUGAAAAAGAAGUGCAUUUCUUUAAACAGGAGAACUUGCUGGAUCUCUUUGCUCACCCCGCAAGAAUAAUAAUUGCAGGAGUCACUAAUUCGGGAAAGACGCAUCUCGCCACAAAAAUUGUUGUGCACUAUCAGAAACAAGAUCUCGGACAGUUAGAAUGCCUCGGUAGGCAGUUAUAUGGCAAGAGUGAAGCCAAGCGGUUUUUGGAGUUAUAUAAAAAGGUUGUUCUCUCGAAAUCUCGCGGUUAUUUACUCAUAGACCUCGGUUGUGAAACUCCAGAUAAACUGCAGUUUCGCAGUAAUAUCCUCUGUGAAUAUUUUCCACAUCAGCUUGUCUACCAAUGGUGA